AAUGACCACAGCAUAAAAGAUUGCCGAAAUUGAGACUGAAAUGAUGAGGACCCAAAAAAAUAAGGCCACAUCAUAUCAUUUAGGUUUAUUGAAGGCUAAAUUGGCUAAACUCAAAAGAGAAAUGAUAGAUUCAUCUUCUAAAAAGGGUGGUGGCACUUAAGAAGGAUUUGAAGUUUCUAAGAGUGGAGAUUCUCGUAUAGGUAUGAUAGGUUUUCCAUCGGUUGGUAAGAGUACACUACUUACAAAACUUACAGGAGUGUUUUCUAAAAUUGCAGCCUAUGAAUUUACAACUCUAACAUGCAUACCUGGAGUAGAGAUUAUUCAAUAAAUUAAUAGGUCUUAUAACAUAAAGGUGCCAAAAUACAAUUGCUAGAUUUACCAGGAAUUAUAGAGGGUGCUAAAGAUGGCAAAGGUAGAGGUAAAUAAGUUAUUGCUGUGGCACGUACUUGUAAUUUAAUUUUGAUUGUGUUGGAUGCCACAAGACCUAUGGUACAUAAAAAAAUCAUUGAAAGAGAACUUGAAGGAUUUGGAAUUAGAUUAAAUAAAUAACCACCACAAAUAGAAUUUAAGAAACGAGAUAAAGGAGGUAUUACUAUUUCUAGAACACAUGAUGCUUCAAGAUUAGAUGAUGAGACAAUAAAAGUAUUUAUAAUGUAAAAUAUAUUCAAUAGGCCAUCUUACGUGAAUAUAAGAUUAAUAAUUGUGAUAUCAAUCUUAAAUGUGAUGCUACUGAUGAAGACUUGAUUGAUAUUAUUGAAGGUAAUCGUAAAUACAUUCCAUGUUUAUAUGUUAUGAAUAAGAUUGACGAUAUCACAUUAGAAGAACUGAAUGUCUUGGAUAAAAUUCCACAUUAUGUGCCUAUAUCUGCCUAUUUAGAAUGGAACUUGGAUGAAUUGGUGGAAAGAAUUUGGGAUUAUUUAGAUUUGAUUCGUAUUUACACAAAACCAAAAGGAUUAGAGCCAGGUAUUUAUAUUGUGAUAAAUUUUAAUAGAUUAUAAUGCUCCUGUUAUAUUACAACGAAAGUUUUCAACAAUCACAGAUUUUUGUAAUAAGUUACACAAAAAUAUGAUUAAAGACUUUAGAUAUGCACUUGUGUGGGGAGCUAGUGUGAAAUAUAAUCCAUAGAAAGUAGGAAAGGAUCAUUAAUUAUUAGAUGAAGAUGUUGUUUAAAUUGUUAAAAAAAUCUGAA